AUGCACGAUGCUUUCAAGGUUUCCGUUGCAUUAGAUAAAUUGCCGCAAAAGAUCGAGUCCAUCUUCGCUUAUGGUCAAAAGUUGUUAAUAGGCACCAGUGCUGGGGCCCUGCUAGUGUACGAAGUUAAAGAGCCUCUGGAAGACGAGCCGUUAUCUGUUAACCUGGUGGAUACUCACAAAACUUUCUCGAAAAGGCCGAUCGAACAAUUGGACAUAAUCAAGGAAAUUGGCGUCCUGGUUUCACUUUCAGAUGGCUACGUGAACAUCUUCGAUCUGAACACUCUUGAAUUGCAAAGCCAAUUAGCGAAGACGCGUGGCGCUAACUUAUUCGCCAUUAACACUCAAAUCGUGAUAAGCGAUGACGGAAUCCCAAGGAUAGUGACACGUCUGGCGGUCGCUGUGAGAAGAAAAUUGCUCGUACUCACAUGGAAAGACACAGAAUUUACCGACACAAAAGAACUUUUGCCACCAGAUAAGAUUCGAACAAUGGCUUGGGUCAGCUCCGACAAAGUUUGUCUCGGAUUGGCUACCGAGUACAUACUGAUGGACACCGGUACCGGUGCGUUCACUGCACUGUUUGCCCCGUCCAGCGCGCCUAGCGGCGCGGCUUUCAAUUAUAUGGGCAUGAUCGGUACAAAAGUUAGUAAACCGAUGGUGACAAAGUUGCCCAAUGAUGAAAUUCUCCUGGCCAAAGAUAGUGUCAGCAUCUUUGUGGGACUCGAUGGCAAUCCUACACGUAGGGCAGGAAUAGACUGGUCUGCUACACCUGAAGAGAUAGGUAAGAGAUGGGUACAAGUGGCUCUUAUUAGCAUGGUGAACUCUCGAUAUAGUGAAUCCUUAAAAAUUCAUCGCAAAUUUAGGUAUUCAUAUCCGUAUCUUAUUGCGAUACUGCCGAAACAUGUGGAGGUCAGGAACAUUAUGACGCAAACUCUGGUCCAAACCAUUGAACUACCCCAAGCAAGAUUUAUUAAUCAAGGAAAAUAUUUGUAUGUUGCUAGCUAUAACAGUGUUUGGAGGUUCAUCUCCAUAAAUUUUGAGAAGCAGAUUGAUCAAUUGAUCGAGCAACUUGAAUAUGAGGAAGCCAUAAGCUUGACCGAACAAAUCGAACCGAUCCUACUUGUUGACAAGAAUUUAGAGGCAGACCCUGCAGAUGUUGUCUCAUUGUAUCCUACUUCAAUAUCGGGAUCACUUCACGUGGACCAUGAUGAAACUCAUAAAAAUGUGAACGAUGACGAAGAGAAUGGUUCUACCGCGGACCCAGAUGAAAAACACCAGCUUGAGAAUGAGAAGGUGGUUAAGGAAACUGAACAAAAAACCGUCCUUGAAGGAAAAUUGUUGGAAGAUGCAAUUUCAGCGUUGAUAAGAUUUUUAACAGACAGAAGACAAAAAAUCUCAAAGGUUUUGCAUAAACAUCAACCGUCAACGCCACCGGGGUCUCCUAACGGGUCAAAUAAUGUCAACGGGAAUUUCGAUCACAUACUGGAAGCCGCUGAAUUGGUGGAUACGACCCUGUUAAAGUCGUAUAUGGUCAUAAAUGAUGCUUUGGUGGGCCCACUUCUUCGGGUGCCAAACCAUUGUAAUGUCGAAGAAAGCGAGGGUCUCUUGUUAGAGCGCAAGAAAUACAGGGAGUUGGUUGACUUGUAUAAAGGAAAAGGUCUGCACCGUAAAUCCCUAGAACUAUUAAAGAAGCUUGGUCAAUCUGAAGGACCCAUGGCCGGAACCUUUCAUACCGUUCUAUACCUACAAAGGCUUGGCGUAGAACAUUUCGAUUUGAUAUUAGAAUAUGCGAAAUGGGUCAUAGAAAUCGACCCGGAGAAGGGACUGGAUAUUUUUAUAGAUGAUCUUCACGAGGUCGAAAGUCUACCACGUGAGAAAGUACAGAGCUUUCUCGAGGAAUUUUCGUACGAUCUCUGCAUAACAUACUUGGAGCACAUUAUAUUCGAACUUGAAGAUCCAACUGCGAAUUACCACAACAAAUUGAUCACCACUUAUUUGAAUAAAAUUAUGCAAUUGUCAUCACAAGUUCCACCCGAAAAUUCAGACGAAAAUGAGAGAAUUGACGUUACGACCAAGAAGUUAUUGAAGUUCCUGGAAGAAUCAACUCACUACAAGGCCGAAAAAAUCCUGGGACAUUUACCUCUAGACGACUUUUACGAAGCUCGAGCGAUAUUGCUUAGUCGUCUUGGCCAACACGACCAAGCCUUGAACAUCUACGUGCACAAAUUGAAAAAUGAGAAAAUGGCAGAAGACGAAUCCGGCGACAGUUCGAAGAAUGUGUUUUUAUCACUAUUGCGAGUUUAUUUACGGCCAAUGAAUGGCGAAGAAGUUAUGAUCGAACCAGCUCUGCGACUUUUAUCGCGUCAUGGAUCACAUAUGAAUGCAUCUGCGGCGUUAAACAUGCUUCCUCCCUCGACAAAAGUCUCUCAACUGUACUCUUUCUUUGAAAAAUAUAUUCGAGAGAGUAAUAGAAACAGGAAUAUGAACAUGAUUGUAAAAAACUUACUCAGGGCUAAUCAACAUCAGGCCGAAGAGCAAUUAUUAUUCUAUCGAUCACGGAGGGUCAAAAUAGAUGAGGAUCGAAUGUGUCCUCAAUGUAACCGACGAAUAGGGCCCAG